AUGAGUAAUACUGAUAAUAAUAAUAAUAAUAAGCCUAGUGAAGAGGAAUUUGAUUAUGAUGAUUUAGAUGCAUUAUUGGAUGAAGAUCCCAGCAAAAUCAAGCCCAAUACUGGUAAUGAUGAUGGCCUAGAUCGAAAUGUUGCUGUCGAAAAUAUGGUAAAUGAAUUGCGUGAAGAAUUUGAAAAUAUGCUUGCAGAAGAAGGAAAAAAUGAUUCUCCUGGUAAAAAUAAUUCUUCUGAUGCUAAAAAAAUCAAUGAUGUAGUGGGUAUUGUUGAACAACUGGGCAAGGCAGGAUCUGAACUGGAUUCAGAAGACAAAGCCCGUGAGUCAUAUAAUGAUAUCAUCAAUAGCACGCUGAACAAAUUAAAAAAAAAUGGUAACCAAGUAGAUUCUAAAGUUGAACAAGAGAAUUUGAAACAAAAUCAAUCUAACGAGAACGAUUUAUUGAGCCAACUGUUGGAUCAAUUUGUUAAUGGAGGUGAAGAUAAUGAUGCAGAAAAUGGUGACGGCGAAGGUAUGGAUGAUGCCAUAUUGAACAUUUUAAACAAGAUGUCAUCCAAAGAAGUUUUGUACGAACCAAUGAAAGAAAUGUAUAUUGAAUUUGGAGAGUGGUUUGCCAAUAACGAAGAAAAAGAAGAGUUUAAAGAUAUGAUACCUACCUACAGGAAACAAUAUGCUAUUGUUCAGAAAAUCACUGAUGUCUACGAAAGAGAAGACUAUCGUAAUGAUAACAUCGAAUAUAAAGAAGAAAUUACUGUUCUAUUGGAUGAAUUACAAGAAUUGGGAGAUUCGCCUGUGGAUAAAAAGAAAAACUCAAAUAAUCCUACUCCUGGGAAAUCUAAUAAUCAAGAAGAUCUUAACAAAGAACUGAUGGAUAUUAUCAACAUGGAGGGCAGUGAUGCCGAACUGGGAGCUCUCAAAAAUGAGCUACAAGAGGGAUGUGCUCAACAAUGA